AUGCUUUGCUAAAUCAUUGUUGUAUCAUUAUGUGACUCAUUUUGCAAAUAUAAAUUAUUUUAUGAAUUUUAUAUAUUCAGGAUCAAAGUAAUUUACUAUUAGUAUUAAAAAAAAAUCAAAUAGAGAAAAUAAAAUUUUAUACAAUUAAAAAACUAUUUUAUUUUAUUACGAAAAUUUAAAUUUACCUUUUGUGAUGUAAACAAAAGGUAAACAGAUCUCAGAGUAAUCAAAACAAACAAUAUAGAAUGUAUAUACAAAUAUUCAUAGGAAUUAAUAAAUAUAUUCAAAUUUACUAAUAUUUAAAUUUCUCAGAAAAAAGUGAAAUUUAUUUAAAAUGGCAAUGACCAUGGAACAUUGCAGUCUCUAAUGCAAUGCAUUGUUUUGUCGCCAAAUACCUACUCGACAAGCAUGCGGCUACACUACGACUUCUAAUAAUAAUAUAGCAAUCGAGAGUACGAAAGAGACACGGCUCCCGCUACAACUUCCUGUAUUUCGGUGUCAGUUACGAACCAUAGGAAAUGUACGAUACCGUCAGGCUCUUACGGGUCUAAGUAUCGUUAGUUUCGUAUGAGAUCGGUACAUUUUAGUCAAGUAAUUGGCGAAAAUAGCUCAAGUGAUAUACGUAUAUGAUGAUGGAAGAAAAAUCAAAAGACGUUGCAACUCCCACGUUAAAAUACAAAGUUGUUUAUUCAGAGAAAUUAGGCAGGUAUUUACAAGCGUCAAAAGAUUUAAGAGCAGGAGAAGUAAUACUUCGAGAAAAUCCGGUCGCUGUUGGACCAAUGUCUUGUAUGAAAGAACCGAUAUGUUUCGAAUGUUUGAGUAUGUUACCAGAUAUCGAGCAAGAUUUCCAUUAUAUUUGUUCGGGAUGCAAUGUUGUAACUUUGUGCGGCUUUUCUUGUGAGGAGCGAGCCUAUUAUCAUUCAACGUACGAAUGUGAAAUUAUUAAAAAUAAUAUGGAAUUGUCGAUAGAAAAUACAGAUACUUUAGCUGGUGUAUUAUUUGUUUUAAGAUUAUGGUUAUUAAAGCAAAAAGAUCCAGAAUUGUGGAAACGUGUUCUAACUCUAGAAUCUCAUAUAAAUAAAAGAAGAAAUACAAUAGUUUGGGAAGAUAGAGAAAUAAAUAUUGUAAAUGUUUUAAAAUCGUUGAAUUUUCUUGAAAACGAUCCAUCUGUUUCGGAGAUUAUACAACAAUUGUGCGGAAUUUUAGAUGUUAAUUCUUUCGAGCUCAGAUCCCCAGGAGGUAUGGAUGGACUUCUUUUACGCGGUUUAUAUCUGGAUGCCUCCUUGAUGGCUCACGACUGUAGGGGAAACGUCCAUAUAACUGCAGAUGAUAAUUUUCAUCUUACCGUAUAUGCUAGUAUACCGAUUAAAGAAGGCGACACAAUUUUCUUCAAUUACACUUCAUCACUUUUGGGAACAACAGGUAGAAGAGAAUAUUUGCGUACUGGAAAAUAUUUUGAAUGUGAAUGUGAUUUAUGCAAAGAUCCUUACGAAAUGGGAUCAUAUAUGAGCUGUAUUGUGUGUCCGCGAUGUAGGCAGGGUUAUGUAGGAAUGCAAGAUCCUUUAACAAAGUUUCCAUAUAGUAAAAAUGCGAAAUGGCAAUGCAAUAAGUGUAAAAAGAUCAUAUCAGGAUGUCUUAUUAAAACCUCUCUAAAUAUAUCAAAAAAUUUGGUUGACGAUGUGGAUGAAUGUAAUAUUAAAGUAAUGGAAAAUUUAAAAGAGAAACUAUCAAAAUCUCUUCAUAAGAAUCAUUUUUUAAUGUUAUCUUUGAAGCAAAAAUUAUUGAAUAUAUAUCGACAGGAAAUAACAGGGCCAAAUCCGAAAAGGAAAAUUUUACGAAGCAUGGCACAUCUAUGUAAAGAAAUGUAUGAUUUACUGGAAAUAGUUGAACCAGGAAUAUCUCGAUUGAAAGGAAUUAUGUUAUAUGAAAUACAUUUACCAUUAGCAUUAUUAGCGAAUCGUGAAUAUAAUGCACGGGAAAUUUCUCCAAGUGAAUUAGUUAAACGACUUGAAGAAGCUGGAAGUUUUUUAAAGAAAUGCCUAACUAUGCUUCUUUUGGAACCAGUAGAUACACCAGAAGGGAAAUUAGCUAAAAGAGCAUUACAAGAAUUAAAAUCACUAAAUGAAAAUAUAGCUGACGUUAAAAAUUUGAUCAAACCUGAAACUUCUAGUAGCAGUAGCAAAAAAUCUCAGAAAAGUAAAUCUAACAAAACUGACAAUAAAUCUGAUAAUAAAUCUGACGACAAAUCAACAAAUAAACAAACAGAAAAUAAAAAUGUGUAAAAAAGAAAUAUCUUUUAUAUUUAUAUAAAAGAUCAAUGAUUAUUAUAUAAAGUAAUUUGUAUUGUUCUUUUUAUAACAAUGAUCAUAAAAUAAUGAUCAAUAAUUUAAACGAAAAAGAUUUUAAAUAAUUUUAUACUAUUUUAAAUAUUACUGUAGUGUUCAAAUAUAUGACUAUAUUAUUUUAAUAUUAUAAUAUGUAUAAUAAAUUAUAUUAUUCUUAAAUAAAAUAUCAUUAAUAUUUUAUUAAUUAUUUUUAAUAGUAUUGAAAAACAUAAAAAAUUAUAAAUUAUUUCUUUCUUCUACAAAAUUUUUUCUGAUUAAAAUUGUUCCAUUUUAGUGGUUAUAAACUACUGUUUUUUUAAUCAAUAUUAUGUGAUAUACAUAAUGUACAUGUAAAUUACAUUCAAAUGAAAUUAAAAAAAAUUAAUUUAAUUAUUAAAUACAUAUAUAUAGUAUAAGUUUUACGAACGAUUUAAUUUAUAGUAAAAAUUGAUAUUUUGUCCGAAACAUUAUAAUUAUUUAAUUAAAACAUAAAAUAUUGAACGUGUAUACUAGUAAAAACUUAAAUCU